AAAAGAGUGAGGUAGUCCGCGGCAGUGGAGAGACAAGGCUGUGGCGGCGGUUGUGGUAGAGCGGGGGCCACGGAGGGGGCGAGGAGGCCGCCCCUGUGUGCGUCUUCAUCCGCGCAUGGACGACCACCUCAGCCUCCUUCAAUCACCCGCGCAGAGCGUGAACAAAACCCGGGCUGAAAACCUGGUGAACCACGGGUAUACAGACACGGAGGCAGACGUGAUGACCGUUGUGGCGUGUGACAAUAUGCUGGAAGAGUCGGCGGCCCUCCCGGGCCACCACUCACUGGACCGUUACGAACCGGACCAUGAGUGCUGCGAGAGGGUGGUCAUUAACAUCUCCGGGUUACGCUUUGAGACGCAGCUGAAGACCCUCUCCCAGUUUCCUGAGACCCUGCUGGGUGACCCUAAAAAGAGGAUGAGGUAUUUCGACCCACUGAGGAACGAAUACUUCUUUGAUCGGAACCGACCCAGCUUUGACGCCAUCCUGUAUUACUACCAGUCUGGAGGGCGCAUAAGGAGACCUGUGAACGUGCCCAUUGACAUUUUUUCUGAGGAGAUCCGCUUCUACGAGCUGGGUGAGGAAGCCAUGGAGAAGUUUAGGGAGGAUGAGGGCUUUAUAAAAGAAGAAGAGCGACCGUUACCAGAAAAUGAGUUUCAGAGACAGGUGUGGCUCCUUUUUGAAUACCCGGAGAGCUCGGGGCCAGCUCGGGGCAUCGCCAUCGUGUCCGUCCUGGUCAUUCUCAUCUCCAUUGUAAUCUUCUGUUUGGAGACAUUACCAGAGUUCAGAGAUGAAAACAGGGACCCAAUCGCCAUCACGCCUGUCAUUAAUGGCACGCUCCCUUACCUCGUGAGCCCCUUUUCAGACCCUUUUUUUGUGGUCGAGACGCUCUGCAUUAUUUGGUUUUCUUUUGAACUCCUCGUGCGUUUCUUUGCGUGCCCCAGCAAAGCUACGUUUUCAAAGAACAUCAUGAAUAUUAUUGACAUUGUGGCAAUCAUACCUUACUUCAUAACUUUGGGGACAGAGCUAGCGGAGAGGCAGGGGAACGGACAACAGGCCAUGUCAUUAGCCAUUCUGCGCGUAAUUAGGCUCGUCCGAGUGUUCCGUAUUUUUAAACUCUCGCGUCAUUCAAAGGGGCUACAGAUUUUGGGUCAGACACUAAAGGCUAGUAUGCGUGAGCUGGGUUUGCUCAUUUUCUUUUUGUUUAUCGGUGUCAUCCUUUUCUCCAGUGCCGUUUACUUUGCAGAAGCAGACGAUCCAGCGUCAGGGUUUAACAGCAUCCCGGACGCGUUUUGGUGGGCAGUGGUUACUAUGACUACAGUGGGAUACGGGGACAUGCACCCAGUCACUAUUGGGGGAAAGAUUGUUGGCUCUUUGUGCGCCAUUGCCGGUGUGUUGACCAUUGCUCUUCCCGUACCAGUCAUUGUUUCCAAUUUCAAUUACUUUUACCAUCGUGAGACGGACGGAGAGGAACAGGCUCAAUACUUGCACGUGGGCAGCUGUCAGCCGCUCGCGGACACGGAGGAACUGAGGAAGACUCGCUCAUCUUCCUCACUAAGCAAAAGCGAGUACAUGGUCAUAGAAGAGCACGGCAUGAACAGUGCGUUUAAACAGCAACCCAACUUCCCCACAACAACGACCACCACCACUCAGAACAACUCGCAAAACUGUGUGAAUAUUAACAAAAAGAUAUUCACCGACGUGUAGCUUUUAUUGUAAUUGUCCAGGAAGUGGUGUCAACACACUGUCGUUACGCACCAGCGCGUGCAGCAGCCGUGCCACAAGGAGAGCGAAAACAGAAAGAGCAGUUGCUUUGUGCGCAGGGAUUUUUUACAUAAAUUAUGUGAAUUCAUAGCCUAAUUGUGUACCGUGCGCAUGCGCGUUUGGAGAACCGAGUUAUAGGCCUGUAGUCUAAGAAAUAGCCUACUUGAGGAGAAAAACUGUUGUGCACUUUAUUGUCUCAACAGGUGGAACUAAAAGCUUUUUAUCCGUGGCAAUGUAAACAGUAAGGAUACUCACAUUGUAAUUACAUGCGUUGUGUUCCGUCAGUCAUGAUUAGCAACCAUUGAGUAAUGCGCGAAUGAUGUCUUAAAACAAAGUUUAGCGUUCAUUAUAUUACUAGACCGUUCUGUGUUAUGCCUUUAUUGUGCGUAAAAGUCUAGUCCAAAUGCUACUGUCGUUACACAAAUAACCCCUCGAUGUAAAAUGUAGCGUGUUAUGCAUCAUGUCAACACAAAGAGGCCAGCCUCUCAUGUAUCAAUGCCUCUUUAACGGCUCGAGACUCGUGUGAAGGAAAAAGACGCGCUGAUUAUUAAAGAUGGAGCGCCUCUCUGUCGGAUGCUUCAAAUAGAGCCCGCUGGGUCUCCAUGGUAACGUCUGAGUAACCCCGGUCAUCGUUGCUUAGCACCCUUGUUACCACAGUAACCCCCCUGCUGGCGAGGAUGCUGUGCUGAAGAGCGAGGACGUAGAAAACAUAGCCUAUAACAAAUCCAACAUCUCAAUCCCCGGUAAAAUACGAUCAAAUCUUUCAACAAUUCAGUCUAUGACAAUGUUUUACUAUUAUAAUCUACUGCCCCUGGGAAUCAUAUUAGAAGAAACGUGGAGAGGCGAGAGCGUGGGGAAUUAUGAAUGGAAGUGGAGCACGGCGGUCCUGGAUGCACAAUUCUGGACUCCCACUAGAGGCCGCUCUACCUCUAUGAAGCUGACGUGAGCCAUUCCAUUAAAGUUCAGGCCUCCUGGAAUCCCAAUGGGCUUACCUAUGGAUCCUAUUUGGGGAUGCAGUGGAGGUGGUCUUCCACAAGACACAAAGAAGUUUGAAGUGAGCCCUUGUUUGUGCUGCACUUCUCAAACACAGAUGAAUCAUGUGAUGUUCAGCAGAUCUUCUCUUCCAUGGCACGGCUCAAAAAGGAUAUAUACAUAAAAUCUUUUUUUUUUUUGGUCCUGCAGCAUCAGAAUUACCAAAAAUUACCUCUGCAGUAAUAAUCUUAGCAACUAUUUUAAAUGAACUGACAUUGGCCUCUGCAGCUUUUGUAUGGACUGUAUGAAGAAGUUUCGAAAGGCACUUUUCAUUGCCGAAAGAAGUAUUUGUACCUGCUGUGUAAUAAUGUGGAAUUAAAAAGUUGCCAACAGUGUUUGCUUCAAAUCAAAAGCCGAGGCCAACAUUGAUAAUACUGUGAUACCAAUGAAAGACUGUUAACCAUAUGCCUUUGUCAUAUUUAUGUGCUCUAUGGUACAAUACAAUUUAAUGUCUCCUAUCAACCCGUGACCUGAAGAACAACACAGAUAAAUGCAAUUCACUUUGUAUAUGUGUGCGUCGCUGAAGGGCUUUCCUAUGUCCCAGAGUGCACUUGUGUUUUCAGAUGGGAAAAGGCCCUGUAUGUCAGUAUUUGUUCUAUGUAAUUCUGUCAUCAACAUGACCAGUAU